AUGGGAAACACUAAUGUAAAUAAAAUUAUGCUAAGUGCUAUAGAAAAACAACGAUAUGACAAAAUUGUUGAAAUAAUUGAAGUAUUUAAUGUCUUGAAUAGAAAUGUCCACAAAUUUUGUCGUAAGAUUUAAGUUAAGAUAUUUAAUCUACUCCUUUAGCAAGAGCAGUUUGGAGAAAUGAUAUCUAUUUAGUUGAUAUAUUGAUCAAAGUAAUAGAUUUUUACAAUAAUAGAAUGGGGCUGACGUUGACAAUGGGGGAUCUUCAAGUAUAACUCCGUUAAUGUGGGCCUGUAGAAGAGACAAUGCUUAUUUGGUUUCAAAUUUAGUUGAAUAUGGAGCAAAAAUUGCAAUAAAAUCAAAUGAAGGAUAUACUGCAUUAGAUUAUGCUAUAGUUCACGGUAAUUAUAGACCAGCCUUGUUUUUAUUUGAAUUUUUUUAAGAAACUUUAGAAUAUUUUGAUUAUUAUUAGUUUGCAAAAGACAGGGAUUAUCGUUAUGUUAAUUACGAAGUGAUGUUAUCCAACUUGAGACAAAAAGUUCCCUAUUAACAAUUGCCAAAUAUUUUUAAAAAGCCUGAAAAAAAAAGGUUAAUCGAUCCAGUUGUUGAUCCAAGAGAAAGUUGGAAAUAAUUAAUAGUUAGACAAAUUGAUUUCAAGGAACCACCUUUGGUUGAAAGAAAUGAAUUGCCAGAUAAUUUACAACCAUAAAAUCGUUUCUGGGGAAAAGUGAGAUAAUAAUUGAAUGGAUUGUCUGUUUAGCCUUCAUAGAGAAUGAAUUAGGGAGAUGAAGGAUAGAAUUUAUAAUAAAAUAUUCCGUAAGAAAUCAAAUCAUCAAAAAGUUAGGACUAAGAGCAUUCCAAUAUUCAUAUUGACUAAGUAUCUGUAGGUUGAAACUAG